AUGGCAGGCACAGCAGCUUCCCCCAGGCCUCAUCGUCCCUAUGAUUCAAAGCUUGGAAUAGUCACAGGAGGUUCUCGAGGUAUUGGUGCUGCCGUUGCUGCGAGACUCGCUGCCAAAGGCUGCAAUCUUCUCCUUGUUUACACUUCCAACUCGUCUACAGAACAAACCAGGAAUCUUUGCGGCGAGCUCUCAUCUUUGCACAAUGUGAAAUGCCUUGCAGUACAGGCCGAUUUGGGCAAUCCGUCCGAAGCCUCUCCCAAAAUCAUUGAAGCUGCACGUUGCCUUCAUGAUUCCUAUAGCCCACACAAGCCUUUCCAAAUCGAUAUACUCAUCAACAAUGCCGGUGUCUCGUCGAAUCAGCAUAUGAAUGAUGAAAGGCAUGGAGAAAUCCAAGAAGUAGAGUUUCACCGCGUCUAUAAUGUCAAUGUCUUGGCCCCUCUCCUCUUGACCCAGGCUGUCGCCCCGCAUCUUCCCGCAAACCGCGCGGGCCGCAUUGUCAAUGUUUCCAGUGUAUCUUCGUCUAUCGGGUAUCAAGGCCAAUCUGUUUACGCCGGGAGUAAAGCAGCCUUGGAAGCAAUGACACGGACCUGGAGUCGUGAGUUGGCUACUCGUGCUACCGUCAAUGCUGUCAACCCCGGACCUGCUUGGGGAGAUAUGUACGCAGCCGCUGGGCAGACUUUCUGGAAAAUAAACCAGCCUUAUGUCGACGCAGCCCCACUGGCGCAGUACGACGGUGAGCCGGAGGUUUUGGCUAUGGCUGGGUCUGAUGCUGAACGCUUUGAUCGGACUGUACGUGAGAACAUGGGUAAUCGAAGACCAGGAUUUACGACCGAAAUCGCUGGUACAAUUGAUAUGCUCUGUUCAGAGGAGAGUGGUUGGACAACAGGAAGUGUAAUUUGCGCAAACGGUGGCAUGAAAAUGUCAAUCGCUUAG